AUGUCAAACACAAAACUUAAUGCCAAACGGAUUGACGUUUUUUCAGAAGAACAGCAAGACAUUCUUAAACAAAAGGGAUCCGAGAUUGAGCAAUUACAAACAAGUAAUAUACUUCUCUUAAAAAAAACACAAAAGAAUGAAAUGCAAAUGAACAAGAUCAUUGACAAUUGUAUCUUAGACAUCAAUCUUUUGUCAGAUCCACUUUCUGCAAAUGCACCUGUAGGAUGGGCACAUCAUAUUUCAGCCAACACUCUAUCUCUUUUUCAAGGAGAUUCUCAUUGGAAUACGCUUUCUUUGGACAACAAUAGCCAAUUAUUAAACAACAAAAAUAAUUCAUUAAAUUACAAUGGAUCACAAUGGGAUAAAAUGACCAGUGUAGUUAAUCCUGAUUACAAAGAUAUGUUUGAUACGGAUCAGCAACUUGGCUCAGCUAGCUUAUUGGAUUCAAAGGAUCGUAGAAUGUUUGGAGUAAUGCCAAUGAAAGAAGAGAUUGUGAUGGUCAAAUGUACUCAUUGUGAAAGACCAAUCCUGGGUAGCAGCUUCAAUGAACACGCAGAUUCAUGCUGUGCCAGGACAAAUAUACCUUUUGCCGGACCACCUACACCUAUCCCAUCACAUUAUGGCAACCCAAAGGGAUUUGUGGCCAACGAACUGUUUUCGGAUGAUGAGGAUAGUGAUGGUAGCGUGCGAAACAGGAAACACAGGAACGAAGUGAAGAAACACGAGUCAGGAAGGCGAAAUGAUAGCAUCGGUUCUUUGGAGGAACCUGAGACCAGUCAGUUCAAACGAGCUCUGUCGCCUAAUCAAGCCAGCGAGAAAGCUAAAAAGAAGACUAAGAAGGAAAAACAAAAGAAUAAGGUCAUCUCUAAGCCAAAAGGUCCUCUAGAUCUCGAUCGUCAAUGUGGUGUUCUACAGGGACCAAACUCUACACCUUGUACCCGAUCACUUACUUGCAAAAGUCAUUCAAUGGGUGCUAAGCGAGCAGUAGAAGGUCGGUCUCAACCUUACAACGAACUUCUAGCAGCCUAUCAAAAGAAGGGAGUUGGACGACCACAAGUUGGGCCUACUGGUCUGAUACAAACAGAGCGUCCUUUGAGUACAUCUGGAAUAGGAUACAUGAAGCCAAGAAUUAGUCAGAUAGAUAAUUCUGGGAUACCGCCAGAUGUGGCUGUUAACGAUAAGCAAUCUAUUGAUUCUGAUGAAGAGGUCGAAUGCGUACUCCGGGCUAUUCAAAAUCACUGUAAUUUCCCCCUUGCCCAAAAGCCUGUCAAUCUUUACAAGCGUAAACAGAGGGCGUUCAGAGUUGGAAAUAUCUUAAGAGUUGCGAUUACGCCAAAGUCUUCUGGAAUCAUGGGCUUCUCUGACGCAAUCGACACGACCAUGCUUUCCCACAGCAUGUAA